AAAUUCCUACCUACUGAUACACUAACAAAUGGAUAUAAAGUGUAACGCUUUUUAAAAUUACUCAUAACAUUGUACCCAUUCUCUGCGCUGGUAUGCGCUGGAACUUAAAAAAUGUGUAGUUUUAAUAAAAGUAAAGUUAUUGUGUUAAUAUUGUUUAUACAGAUAAUAGGAAUAUUAUCAUCUAGGAAAUGCCAUAACAAUGCGCCUGUAGUAACAACCACAGAAGGUAAACUUCGAGGUGUCGCAGACAAACUGGUGGACGGAUCCUCAUACUACAGGUUUAGAGGAAUACCAUACGCCACUCCUCCAGUUGGAAAUCUCAGGUUUAAGGCUCCCCUACCUCCUCAACCAUGGCAAGGCAUCCGCGACGCUUCCAACUUCGGUAACAUCUGCGCGCAAUUCAACGAAACGUACCAAGGAGACGAAGACUGCUUAUUCCUCAACGUCUAUACAAAAACUUUGCGUAAAAACGCCAAAAUACCUGUCAUGGUCUUUAUACACGGCGGUUCCUUCUCCCAAGGUUCUGGAAACUUCUUCUUACCUGACUUUCUUCUACAGCAUGAUGUUAUUUUAGUCACUUUAAAUUAUAGGUUAGAAAUGCUAGGUUUCAUGACGCUAGAUACUUCAGAAGUGCCUGGUAAUGCUGGUAUGAAAGACCAAGUUGCAGCGUUAAGAUGGGUUAAGGAUAAUAUAGCUCAGUUUGGUGGCGAUCCCAAUUCAGUUACGCUGUUUGGAGAAAGUUCUGGAGCGGCAGCGGCUGUCUUUCACAUGUUCUCUCCUAUGUCCAAAGAUCUUUUCCAUAGAGUUAUAGCUGAAAGUGGAAGUUAUGAUUUGGCUCGUCGUGAAGGCGAAAAAGAAAGAGCUUUCCGAGCUGGCAAAGUCCUCGGAAAAGACACCAAUGAUGUCAACGAACUACUCGAAUUCUUCAGAAGCACCGAAGCCAGUAGACUCACUAAUCUAACUAUCGCAACUUUAACUGACGAUGAAAGAUUCAGAGGGCUUCCUGCAAAAUUUGUACCAGUCAUUGAAAAGAAAUUCCCUAAUGUCCAACCUUUUAUGGAUGAGGAUCCAACAAAAAUGUUGGUAGAAGGAAAAAUCAAUAAAGUACCUCUAAUGAUUGGUUAUAAUUCCGGCGAAGGAUUAAUCAUGACGCAGUUCCAUGCUGCUUUAAUAGAUGUUUAUAAUAGACAGCCAUCUUUUUACGUUUCUAGAGAAUUAGUAGACCACAUAACUAAAGAUCAGCUUAAUGAUUUUGGUAAUAGAGUAAAGAAGUUCUAUGUAGGUGAUCGAGACAUCACCAAAGAUGAUUUAGGUGUUAUUCGCGAUAUACAAACAGAUAUACAUUUUUCGUAUACCACACAUAGAUUGACAGAUUUGUACAGCAAAUUGUGUCCGCAAACUUAUAUGUAUAGAUUUGAUGCUGAAACGGAACUUAAUGUGAUUAAGAAUACAUUGAAUUUGCCGAAUGUAAGAGGUGUCAGUCAUGCAGAUGAACUGUUUUAUUUGUUUUACAACUAUUUGAAUGAAAAGCCUUACAAAGAGCAGAAGAAAUUAAGAGACCUCGUGUUCAAGGUGACGAAACUGUGGACUGAUUUUGCGAAGACCAGUGACCCAACUUCAAAUGGUACAAGACCAAUAUGGCAACCGUACACGGUGCAAGAUAAAGAAUUCUACAGUAUAGAUGAGCAGUUUUCUCAAGGAAAAUAUGCUGAUAAGGAAAGGAUGGAGUUUUGGAACCAACUGUACAUCGAAGCUGGCCUUCCACAUAUAUCGAAGACAUGAACAACUUGCAACAUCUUCAAUAGUUUUAGUAUGUUCAACAGUGAAUUCAUAUUGUCAUCCACUGUUGGUAGUGCCAACUUGGCCUUAAUCCAAUCCAGCCAGCGACUUUCUGGAUGUCGUUGCUCCAUCUAGGUAGACUUUUUCUGAUGGGGUGGGGGGGG